AUGGCUUCCGUAGAGCACUGCCUCUACUGCUUCGAAGUACUCUCCGCAAAUCUCGAAAAGCGUCAACCCAUGACCCUCUACCAAGUCCAAGCCUCCUGGGCCUCCUACCACAAAGGCCUCGAAGACGACGACGACACAACCCUCCCCGAACCCGACGACACCAUCGCCACCGUCUCACCCUCUCCAUCUCCCCCGUCUGGGUCCUCAAAAUCCAAACUCCGAAUCCCCGUCCUCCAACGCCUCGGAAGAAGCUCUUCCUCACAUUACACGCCCUCAACCUCAACCUCGUCAUCCUCCCUAGCAGCAGACACAGCAGCCACCACACCCGAGAGCUCCACCAGGGCAUUCUCGCCGGUGGGACUCCACCCGCGACGCACCUCCCAGCGCUCCAACACCAUAUCCUCCUCCCCGCUUUUCGUGACUUGGAACACGAUCGACUCGUCCUCGUCCCGCUCGCUGCGCGGCUGCAUCGGUACCUUCGAGUCGCAGCCGCUGUCGAGCGGCCUCAGCUCCUACGCCCUCAUCUCCUCGCUUCAGGACCACCGCUUCCGCCCCAUCACGCUGGCCGAGCUCCCGAAACUCGAGGUCUGCGUGACCCUGCUGACGGAUUUUGAGCAAGCCACCGAUGCCCUGGACUGGGAGCUCGGCGUGCAUGGGCUGAGAAUCUCCUUCUACGCGAGGAAUAAGAGGUUUGGGGGCUGCUAUCUGCCCGACGUGCCGGUCGAGCAGGGCUGGGAUAAGGAGGAGACGGUUGUGAGUCUGAUGCGGAAGGCUGGGUGGAAUGGGCGAGCGGAGAAGUGGAAGGAUGUCAGUGACUUCAACACGGUGCGGUUUCAGGGGAAGGCGGAGAGUUUGGGGUUCGCGGAGUUCAGGCGGUGGAGGGAGUGGGUGAGGAAGGGGGAGGGGGAGGCGAAGCAGUAG